GACGUGAUGCUGUGCACGGCCUCCAUUCUCAACCUCUUCAUGAUCAGCCUGGACCGGUACUGCGCCGUCAUGGACCCACUGCGGUACCCAGUGCUGGUCACCCCCGUUCGGGUUGCUGUCUCUCUAGUCUUAAUUUGGGUCAUCUCCAUUACCCUGUCAUUCCUGUCUAUUCACUUGGGGUGGAACAGCAGGAAUGAGGCCAGCAAGGUCAAUCAUACCAUACCCAAGUGCAAAGUCCAGGUCAAUGAAGUGUAUGGGUUGGUGGAUGGGCUGGUCACCUUCUAUCUGCCUCUGCUGAUCAUGUGUGUCACUUACUACCGCAUCUUCAAGGUGGCCCGGGAUCAGGCCAAGAGGAUCAAUCACAUCAGCUCCUGGAAGGCAGCCACCAUCAGGGAGCACAAAGCCACAGUGACACUGGCUGCCGUAAUGGGGGCCUUCAUCAUUUGCUGGUUCCCCUACUUCACUGUGUUUGUGUACCGUGGGCUGAGAGGGGAUGACGCCAUCAAUGAGGUGUUUGAAGCCAUUGUUCUAUGGCUGGGCUAUGCCAACUCAGCCCUGAACCCCAUCCUGUAUGCUGCCCUAAACAGGGACUUCCGUACCGGGUACCAGCAGCUCUUCUGCUGCAGGCUGGCCAGCCGCAACUCCCACAAAACCUCUCUGAGGUCCAACACCUCUCAGCUGUCCAGGAGCCAAAGCCGAGAACCCAGGCAGCAGGAAGAGAAACCCCUGAAGCUCCAGGUGUGGAGUGGGACAGAAGCCACAGCCCCUCAAGGAGCCACAGACAGGAAGCCAGCGCUGGCCUGCACCGUGUGCCCCAGCAACAUUCUGAGCUGCUGCAAGAGCCUGUGGGGACUGAGGUUCCUUCAGAGACACACAGGAGGCCCCUUGGAGGAGCCUUUGGGGGAGCUGCUGUCCGAGCAGCCACUGAGGACACCGCUUCAGGAAGUCAUGAGGAUGCUGCCCUCCAAGGCUGUCUAGAUCCAGCUCCAGGACACUGAAGAAACUGCUCCCAGUUCCCCAAAUGUGACUCCUGGAGACUCUAAGGACCCCAAGCCACCAAGAACCCCCCUCCCCCUGGCCUGA